GAAACCAAACCAAAACAAUGCAACGCAAAAAGACCGAAUUGACCUCAAUCCUGUUGUUAACCGAGCAGGCUCAAUAAUGCCUUUCGUGGCUAUAAAUACUGGACUCAUUUGUGCAGUCACACCGCACCUCUUUCUCUUCUUAGCAUCAUAUUUCCCUAGCUAAGUUUAAAGAUUGACUUAGCAGGCAUGAAGGUCCAAAUGCAUGGCCUAACUCUGUCUUACUCGACCGUGUUCAAAAUCGUUUGCCUUUACUUGGCGAUUCAAAUUGGUACAAGUUCAGCCCAAGGCUGGAAUUGCCCUUUCAACUAUUUAUACCAUUGGGGUGAUGGGGUCACUGACAUCGGCAACUCCAUUUACGUGAUGCCAAAGAUCACUAUUCCGGCCGGGCGAAAGCCGUACGGCAUGACAUAUCCCGGCUAUCCUACUGGCCGUUGGUCGGAUGGCCUUGUCGAUUUCGAUUACAGUGCUCAGGAUUUAGGACUGCCAAAUAUUCGACCAUAUCUGAACAUGAAUCAAUCGAACGCGGCCAGCUAUGACGGGGUCAUAUUCUCGGUGGCAAGAAGCCCGGUGCUCGGCCGCAAAUUCUUCGAAAAACGCGACAUUGUUAUUCCACGAUAUGCUGUUUCUCUUAGCCAACAAAUGCGUUGGUUUAAGAGUCAUCUCAAAUAUGUUUGCAACUCACCAUCCGAAUGUUCGGAAUGGAUUGGAAACUCUCUGGCUUUGAUGGGCGACAUUGAAGGCAAUGACAUUGGCUACGCGUUGACUCAAGGAAAGACUAUUGCUGAAGUGAGGACUUACGUGCCAGCUAUAGUGAAGACUCUUAUUGAUCGAUCGAGGGAGAUUAUAAAAUUAGGUGCUAAGCGACUGAUCAUUCCUGGAAACGGACCCCUCGGAUGCUACCCGUAUAUUUUGACCGAGCUAGCAUCAAACGAUCCAAAGGCGUAUGACGAGCUCGGGUGUUUGGCUACAGUGAACAAUUUCACAGUUUGGAAAAAUAACUAUCUCCUAAAUGCCAUGGUAAAGCUCGAAAAUGAAUUUCCGGACGUGCAGAUACUUUAUGGCGACAUGUAUAAUGGCCUCCGGGCACUUCUUGUCAAUUCAACAGUCAUAGGCAAGACCGGAUGGAGUAAAUCGUGCAUUGAAAUCAUGUUGUGGGAUCGGAGGGAAAUACAACUUCGACCGAAAGAGAUUUUGUGGCGACAAGGGAGUACCCGUUUGCUCCAAUCCAAAAGAUUACGUAUUUUGGGACGGGAUGCAUUACACACAAGAGGGUCAAAUGAGGGUCGAGAAGUCAUUGAUUUUUCCAGCUCUUGAGACGCUCAAUUGCACGCCACCCGACACUACAGUUUCUUACUUGGGCAGCUGGGCUACUACUUAUAUGCGGGCUUCGCACUAUCUGGCUACCAUGUGAUAAUCAUCAUCGUAAUCAUUAGUGGCUCAGUUGAUGGUUCACCUUUAAUUUCGUGUAUGUUGUUCAAUAAUAAAGUUGAAACUCCUAAGCCAGAAUAAUAACAGUGUUAGAGCUGCAAGGUUUAGUGUUUUCAACACUCUUCAUCAACAAAGAGCUUUCGUUUCACUUUCAUGUUUUGGACUUUUAUCCUUUCUGUACAAUAAUUUGCUGGCACGUGUUGUUCAUAACAUCUAUCUAUAUCGUUUAUAUAUUUUAUUUCAACUUUUGACUAGA